UCUCCUCCUUUCUCAUUCAUUCAUCCAUUACAUCCUUGUUUACGUCCCAUCUCCUCUCUCCCCUCUUCUUCCUCCUUCUCUCUUUCUGCAUCAACCAGAAGAACCUCUCGGCCACAAUAAAGGCCAGGAGGAAAACAAAAACACAAGCAGGAGAGGGUCUCACAAAAUCAAAUUCUCCAGCUUCAUUCAUUCACUGAUCUCUAUCCGGCCCUCUUUACUCAACUUGAAGCCAACUAUGAGAGAAACAAAGAAGUAGAAACAUGCACCAGAAAAGCAGGUAGAGAGAAAGAGGAAACAACUCUCAAUCAACAAUAUAUAUAUAUAUACAGGAAAGUCAAAAAAAUAAAAGAAAGAUCCAAACUAACCCACUGUUGAAAGCAAAACAAAAACAGUUCACUUUCUUUCUUUCUUUCUAUUAUUACUGAUGGCUUCAACAUCAGGUGGUGGUGGUGGUGGUGGUGAACCAAAAUCAAGUGAUCAGGUACCAGGAGGAGGAGGAGGAAGUAGUGAAGUUGCUGUAGCAAGUACAGGAUCAGUGGCACCACCAAGUCGAUAUGAAUCACAAAAGAGAAGAGAUUGGAAUACAUUCUUGCAGUAUUUAAAGAAUCACAAACCACCACUAUCACUAGCAAGGUGUAGUGGUGCACAUGUUAUUGAAUUCUUGAAAUAUUUAGAUCAAUUUGGUAAAACCAAAGUGCACUUAAAUGGGUGUACAUAUUUUGGACAUCCAAAUCCACCGGCACCAUGUGCUUGUCCUUUGAAACAAGCUUGGGGUAGUCUUGAUGCCCUAAUUGGUAGAUUAAGAGCUGCUUAUGAAGAAAAUGGUGGUAGACCUGAAUCUAAUCCUUUUGGUGCUAGAGCUGUUAGAAUUUAUCUAAGGGAAGUCAGAGAAGGUCAAGCUAAAGCUAGAGGAAUUCCCUAUGAGAAGAAGAAAAGAAAAAGACCACCGACUUCUACUACUAAUAAUACAACUACAGCACCAACCGCCACAGUGUUGCCGAAUGCGACGACUAGUACGGUGGCCGUUGCGGCAGCUCAGGUAGUGAUUGAUGGUGAUCAAGGCGCUGGUGGUGGUGGUGAUGAAGUUGUAACUGUUGCUCACAGUACCGCACCUACUACUUCUACUACAGCAACAUCUUAAGAUACAUGCUAGCUACUACCAUCGUGAUCAUUCAUCCAAAAAAGUGUCCUCUCUCUCUUUGGAUCGAGAAAGCCGAAUUUCAAUGAUAAACAUGCAUAUAUAUCGCAAGGAGAUGAUCAACGCUGGUACACGGAUUACUAAAUUUCAUUAAAUUAUUGUUUUUGCUUAGUACCUGUAAUUUCUCUAGAAAUUUGGUAAAUUCUUCUGGCAGCAGGGAAGAUAAUUCAUUUGUUUUGCUUAGUAUUAUGAUUUUAAU